GCCGCUGUGACCGGUCCGUCCGUCCGCCCGCCCGCUUCAUCUUCUCAUUGGAAAUAAACUCAAGCUGUGUGGCUUUCGAUCGCAACUAGGCCGCACCCUUCGCCGCCGCCGCCGCCUCACCCGCGGCGCACGGCUGCACCGUACCCCGUUAACGUGGGGAUUGUGGUUUAAUGUCCACCUCCCCUCAGCAGCCGCACCACCAGCGGACAAAGAGUCUGCGGCUGCUGCAAGGAGGAGGCGCUGGGCGGCACCGCGCUCCUCCCAGCGGCCGGCCCAGUCCUCCAGCCCUGCCCGGUCUAGGCCUCCAACCCAGGCUCCCGGCCCAACCCAGCCCGGUCUAGGACUCCAACACAGGCUCCCGGCCCAGCUCUGUCCUGCCCGGCCUAGGACUCCAACCCAGUCCAGAGCUCGCCGUGGCCUCUGCCUCAUGUAUGGCAGCGCCGCACAUGCACCAUGCACCUUGUUGUUUACCCCUUGAACCAACAUUCAUGCACUGGCCACUGUUGGAGGUUCAGAAUGUGUGUGUCUCAUAAUCUACAGCUUUUUUUUAGGCGUAUAAUCCUGACCACGUGAAUUAUUUUGGUCCAUUUCUGCUUUCUAAAUUGCUGACAAGUGGCUUUGAAAGCUAGAGGAGUCUGUAAAGUUGAUUUAAAUUGGUUGACAACAGGAUUGGCUGGUUCUCCUCAGCUGCUUAAGGGAAACACCUCAGUUUUGGUCACAGGUGGUUGUUGUUGAUUGGGUUCAGCAUGGCCGUGGUCAUCCGCUUGCAGGGUCUCCCCAUUGUGGCGGGGACAAUGGAUAUCCGCCAUUUCUUCUCUGGAUUAACCAUUCCUGAUGGUGGCGUGCAUAUUGUAGGUGGUGAACUUGGUGAGGCUUUCAUCGUUUUCUCCACAGAUGAAGAUGCGCGGCUUGGUAUGAUGCGUGGUGGGGGCACGAUUAAAGGAUCUAAAGUAUCACUGCUGCUGAGUAGUAAAAAUGAAAUGCAGAAUAUGAUUGAGCUCAGUCGUAGACGUUUUGAGACUGGUAAUGUGGAUAUGCCUCCGGUGGGGUCCAGUCGGCCAGGGCCACCUACCAAUAUUAGUCUGAGUGGAAGGGGUAACUUGCCUACUACUAUGGGUAAUCUAAACACUCCCACUAUGGUUACUACAGCUUCCUCGAUACAUGAAAGCCUAGGCAAUAAGAAUGUGCCUACCUUUUCUGCAGCCAGUGUUGGAAGCACGCCCUCCAGUCUCAAUCUCACUUUUAGCAGCCCUGGGUUUAGUAUGGGUUCAACCAUGACCAGCAGUAUGCCGCCAUUAAAUACUAUAAACUCUGUACCACCUCUGCCACCACUUCCUCCUUUACCUACAAUGUCAUCACUACCGCCUAUGCCUUCAAUUCCUCCGAUUGGUAUUUUGCCAACACUGCCACCAGUGCCUCCCCUUCCUCCCAUAGCUCCCCUUGCUCCUAUUCCCCCAAUGCCACCCAUACCCCCUAUACCAAGCCUGCCACCAAUGCCUCUAAGUGCAGGGAGCACACAUCCUCUAGGAAGCUCUGGGCCCAGUGGAAUGAAUGGCUCUGGAUCUGCCUUGGGCAUCAGUAGUAGCCUAGGGUCCUUGUAUAUGGGUCCUAUGGGUUCGUUGAACCCCAUCCACCCCUUGAAUUCACACAGUUCCAUCAAUAAAGGACCACCUCCAAUUAAUCCAGAUGACUUGUAUGUCCAUGUUUAUGGCAUGCCAUUCACAGCGAUGGAAUCGGAUGCGAGAGAUUUUUUUCAUGGACUUCGAAUUGAUGCAAUACACAUGAUGAAAGACCACUUGGGACGCAAUAACAGAGAUGCAAUGGUGAAGUUUUAUGGCCCUUCCGACACUUUUGAAGCUCUGAAACGUCAUGGAAAAAUGAUGAUGGGACAACGAUUUGCCAAUGUGUUCCCUGCAACAGAGAGACAAUGGUUGAAUGCUGUAAUUGGCUUUAAUGCACCUAAAAGCAUGGGACCCCCACCAAGCAUAGGGCAUUAUGGACAAAACCUGCAGCCCUUUCACACAUCUCGGUCUGAAUCUCCAAACCGACGCGAACGAUCACGAUCACGCUCUCCCCACGAGAAGGAAUUCUGUGUCUAUUUGAAAGGCUUACCAUACGAAGCUGAAAACAAGCACAUCAUGGAAUUCUUCAAUAAGUUGGAGCUCAUCGAGGAUAGCAUCUACAUAGCUUAUGGACCAAACGGAAGAGCAACUGGUGAAGGGUUUGUGGAAUUUAAAAAUCCCACAGACUAUCAAGCAGCAUUGUGUCGCCACAAGCAGUACAUGGGCAGUCGCUUCAUCCAGGUGCAUCCUAUUACCAAAAAAGCAAUGUUAGAAAAACUGGAAAUCAUUCAGAAAAGAACACACAAUUUUGUGCAGAGUGAGCAAAAGAGAGAAGUAAGCAUGAAAAUCGAAGACGGGUGCGGUUCACCAAAAUUAUGUGGGCACAUGUGGAAUAUACCGUACAAUGUAACAAAAAGUGAUGUCUUCCAAUUUCUGGAAGGUAUUGGACUGGCAGAAAAUGGCGUUCAGGUACUUGUUGACUCCAAUGGGCAAGGGGUGGGGCAAGCACUUGUGCACUUCUUAAAUGAAGAAGAAGCACAGAAAGCUGAACGACUACAUCGCAAGAAAUUAAAUGGGCGCAAUGCAUUUCUCCAACUAAUCACUCUCGAGCAGAAGCACGAAAUGGAAACAAAUCCACCAUUUCAAUCCAAAGGUCAACAUAAUCCAAACCUAGGGAGUCUUGAUCAUCCUUUCCUCCCAAGUGUUGGAGGAGAGAAAAUGUUUUCUCCUGGGGGCAGUUCAGGUAAUCUUAAUGGACCUGCACCACCGUUCAACCCUGUUAGUAACUUUAGUACAUCCAGUAGUCUAUUUGGUCCUGGAGCAGUUUUGUCAUCAGGAGUGAGUGGGAGUGCUGGUGAUGGUCCUGUGGGAGGGUCUCCCUUUGGGAGCAACAGUGCAAGUAACUUUCCAGCACUGGGUGUUGAGCCAAACUUUGGUGGUCCUCUCAGCACCAACACUCCAACCGUGGUCAAAGUUCAAAAUUUGCCCUUUAAAGUGUCAGUGGAUGAAAUACUGGAUUUCUUUUACGGCUACCGUGUGAUUCCUGACUCCGUGUGUCUGCAAUUCAACGAACAAGGCAUGCCCACAGGUGAAGCAAUGGUUGCUUUUGAGUCUUGUGACGAAGCAAUGUCAGCAGUUGUAGACCUCAGUGAUAGACCGAUGGGUUCUAGGAAAGUCAAGCUAGUCUUGGGAUAACCCUGCAUUUUAAUGCCUGGCUCUCCUAGGCUUGCCUUUAGCACAGACAGUUACUACGGAGGUUGGCUGAUAUUCUGACCUAAAAUCUGAAAGUGUUUGCAGCAGACUUUUUGACCCAGAUAAUUUUUAAUCCAAUGAAAAUGUAGGCGUAAGUGGAAAUGAAGUACAUACCGCUGAUAGUGUAGACCUAGCAGAAUUGGAUUUUUUUUCAGCAGAUCCAUGAAACUGUUAGCUUACUCGUACUGUAGGCAAACACAGAUACAUACUAGUUGCUAAUACUCUGUUAUUACAAUGCAAUUAUUUUGAUUUUCAGCAGCCUGACGGCUGAGUGGAACCAAGCUCUUUAUGGUAGCACGUCAAGUGCAGAUAACCCUAUGGAAUUGAUGCACAGAGCUAGUCUUAGGUUGGGCAGUUUUUCUAACUGAUGUAAAUUAUUGUAUUUGUGUCCUUGGGGUAUUAUUGUCGGCUGUCAAUAGAUGCAGUGAAAUAGUAGGAAUUAGGGGAUAAAUCAGUUGAAAACUCAGUUCUUAAUGUGCAUGUUGACCCUCUUGUUCUGGGCAUGGUAUGUUUAUUUUCUUUGAAUCUUGGAGUUGGAGUGUAACCAUUCUCUCUGAUCUUUGUACAUACAAGGCAAACUGUGGGUUAAGUUGUUUCACUUGAGUUCAAAAGACACCUGCUAAUAUAUGGCCCUGGGCUUGACUUUCAACUGUUUAUAGAACAUUACUAAUGUGCUAGUUACCUAAUUGUUCUGCUAGUACCCACACUUCUCGUCCAUGCUGUAACAGUGAUACGUUUGUUUGUGAAAACUGAGAGGAAUAUUAUUUUAAACAUUACAGGCUACUAGUAUUUAGGCGACCUGCUCAAGGAUUUGGCCAGAAUCAAACAAUUAAUCCUGGUGCAUGGUGGCAAUUUUUUCUGCAUUAAUACUUUUUUUUAAUGCUCGUUGAUUUAUAAAAUAUACAAAAAAAUGCCUAAAUAAAACCCACUCAAAGAUCGGACUAAUUCUUGGAACAAUGUUUCUUCUAAAGUUGAGUGGAACAUUUAUUACCCUCUGGCACUGGAAAAAGUUGAUUGUCUUCAUACCAACAUGCAGUGCUUGUAGAAAUUUAGUGUAACUAGCAUUUGAAAUGUAUUUGUAAGCAAAUGUGCUGGAUAACUACAGUACCUUGUGCUGGGAAAUGCUGUACAGUCUUGUUUAUGACCCAUAACUCGAUCCUACUGUAUCAUAUCGUAAGUUUUUUGUAAAAGAUACAAAAUGAAUCAGUAAGAGUGUGAUGCCAUUUUUAAGAGAAAAUAGAACAAUGCGUAUUACUUGUUUGAAUUUUUUGAUGUUUUUUGCAAAUGAUGUUGAAAGGAGAUCUGGAAAUGUGUGCAACACUACACUGUAUAGUGGGGGGUAAAGGACUUUAUUGGUCUACUGAGCAAUAUCCAGGUCCCAGUACAUUUUGGGAUUUUGGAUCCCUGUGGUUUUCAGUUUUAAGGUUUCAGUCUUAAUGUACUGUGCCAAUUUAUUUUAAAGCAUGGGACAGUGGGGUGGCAUUUGGAGCCCAUUGGUCUCUUUACAAGAGCACAAGUUCAUACAGGAUCUCAAAACAAGUGGGAAGUUUUGAUUGGCAGUGGUAGCUAAUAGCAAAGCUGCUCUCAGCUUCUGCUCGUCAAUUCUCCAGUCAAAUAACUUGACAGGUCAAUGCCCAAAAUCUGCUCAGUGGGCUGAUGUAAAAAGUUCCUAUAUACUACGUGUAAGAACUAUUGUAAGAACUGCAUUGUUCUUUGUGUGAUGGGAUAUCUGCAGAUGCAACAUAUUAAGCGUCUUUGUAUUUGGCAUAGUUGCAUUUAAAGGUUGACUUUGUAAUUUGCAGACCGAUGAAUUUUACAUUUACAUCUGUUUGAGAUCAGCAGGCAAAGUUUUGAACUUAACCAUGAUGUAAAAGAACAAGUUGUACAUACACCUUUAUCUUUUGCAGCUUUCUGUCAAUAAAAUGCAUUCCGUGAUAAAUAAAGGAAACGGCUCCUUUUAGGUUUAGAUGUAAAGCUUUGUGUUGCCUUUUUUUUAUAAAAAGCCAAACAAAUGGCAUGUUUGUUGGCUGUCUUUUUGAUUAUUGUAUUUUGUGUGAAAUAGUGAAGAUAUUUUAGUGCACCAGAUGGCCUGUUGAAAAUGAAGUUGUCCAAUACUGAUUACAAGUUUGGGAGGACUAUUAUCCAUCUGAUUUCUCCCAUUGAUCACCUGUACUUAAUUUGAAUGGAAAGUAAUAAGGUAAUGUUUUAUUUAAGUUUCUUCAAUGAUCGCCAGUGACAGUGAUACUCCAGAUGAAGAGUUUUAUUGCUGUCCAACAUUGGGUUGAGAGAACCAACUGAAGUGAGGGGAAUGGGGAAUUUCUCCACCUAUAAUUAAAUGUUUCUUUUUGUUUUGUAGUUUCUUUUGUUGGCCUAGCAUUGUUUCUCACUCCUCUUCACUAGCACCUCUUCAGUCUUAAGAUCCCUUGAGUUCUGCUUAAGGAACAAAAGCCUAUUUUUAGUUUAACCCUCACUUUUGUUGAUGUCAAGAGAAGAUCCGCUGAUGUUAGGUUAAUUUGAUUUACCCUUUGAGGAAUACUGACUACUUUGCCCUUCUGUUUACUUUUUGCAGAGAGUAUGCAAUAGGUAGAAACUCUUUAACAAAAUAGAAUGAGCACAUUUUUGUCUGGCUUGUCCUUGUAUGCUAUGAUCUCAAUUGACUUUCAAUUUUCAAAGUUGUACAUAAUAUUUACAUUGACAUUUUGUUUGCUGCUCUUGUAUGAUCCUUAAAAUGCAUAUAUAAAAUGACAGAGUAACGUUACUUCAUGUGUUUAAAUUGCUUGUGUCUGAUUUACUUUGCCUGCUCAUUGACAUUGCUGGAAAGACACUGGUGUGCUAUCUCUCAACAUUGUGCAGACCAUUCUGCAGUUCCUGGUUGUUCUCUCUUUGAAUUAAAAGGCAUUUUGUGCACCA